AUGCGGCCUGAACAUGAUAAUUCUGGUUCAAAGUAGGUUUCGCUUAUUUGUUACCUAAAAUUUUAUUUUUUUAUUUUAAUUUUAAAAUUUGGUCAAAAUGCAUUUAGUAGAUUACAUAGUGAAUAUUAUUUGUAUUUUAAACUUUUAAUACCUAAAUUUUGAAUAUUUGUGAGAAAAGAAGAGCAGAAAUGACCUUGCUAUUACUUUUUUCAUCUAGCUGUGAUUUCAGGGUUCACAGUCCUUACAGACAACGGGCGUUUCGAGUAUCAGUCAAGACCAGCAAGUUCUGGCUUCGGAUUCUGAAGCCGUGGAAAUGGAGACGGUCACGCAAAAGGUGAGUUAACUCAGAUUUCGUUUCUUCAUUUAUUAUUUGAAGUGGUUUAAAGUUAGUCUGAUUGUAGAACAUUAUUCUUUAUUAUCUUACAUGUAAUAUUUUUAAUUUUUCAAGAAUUUAUUGUCGAAACUUUGGCUAAAACAUUAGGUAACAUUUUUCUUGCCUUCCCGUUUGUUGCAAUGUUGUUAGCGAAAGUUUUGACACAGUCUUGCACCGAUUUUGCAAUUUAUUUAUCUAGUAUCGAAUUUUAAAGACUGUCUUUGUCUGUCUCGAGUAGGACAAUAUAUAUCAAAAAUCUUUUCAGCAAAACGUCAGAUGUGAGCCUCAGCCGGAGUAACAACGGAAGUCGUAACAACUUGGACUUGCCUCUAUCAGGUAAGAUAUUAGGCACAUCACGGAGUAAUGAGCUGCUUUAGUCCACAAAGCUAAUAAGCUGUUUUAGGCGAGAAGUUGGAAAGUUAUCGUUUUUAGGUAAUAAAUAAAUUUUUGGAUUACAAAAUUUGUGAGGAAGUUAGUAGGUAAACAUGAUAAGCUUUUUUAGGUAACAAAACUUUGAACUCGGGUUUGUUUGUUUGAGUUUGUUAGGGCGGAUCUCUGUUUGCGUCAUGCUCUUUUGUAUUUUCAGCCCCAAUCAGCGGAUCCGAACAGUCUCUCAUCCCGAUCUCGAGCCAAACUCGGCCGCUCUCGGCGGUUUCCGUUUCUCUUUCAUGUGUUCCUGACAUUCAAGUGGUAAGUCAACACGAUAUUAAUAACACGUUCUUCUUCAAAACUUUUGUUUUGAUACGUUUUAUUCAAUUUCGAUGUUUUAUAUUGGAUUACAUGUGUCUUUUAUUGAAUUUGGAAGGGAAAACAAACGUUUUGCUGUUAAUUUAUUCAUUUCUCUGCUAAAAUCCUUAAUGUGUGAGCUCUCAAAGCGUUCGAAACAGCUGUUUAUACGACUAUAAUGCACUAUCUCGUUCCAGACCCAGCCAGAGGACACCAAAUCACCCGUUCGAUUGGCCUCUCCCCAGCACAACAAUCUCAACCCAGCUGAUUUUGACGACUCCGUGGUGGAGGCUCCAGAUGCCGUCAUGAACUUCACCUUGAUAAGAACUGUACCUGUCUUUGAGGAAGUUGAGGCUUCGGAGCCGGAUCUACGUGCUCAACCGAAACGACCGGUACUAAGACGACCAGGACAACCAAGAAGAAUAAAGUCAUCGAGUUUGGAGGACGACGAUGAAGAUCAGAAGAGUGAUGUGGACGAGGAGGAGGUAGAAGACGACGAGAAUGCACACCAAGACGAUCAAGGCUACCAGAGUCCAUGGGACACGGCCAGGUCGACAAACAAAGUAAUUGCAUCAAGAAGGUCUCCAGAAGUCGACGACAGCUCUUCAGAAGACAGCGACGAGGAAUUCAAAGACAGUACGUUUGUUUUGUCAGAGUUUACGUGACUUUUUGCAUUUUUGUCGUUCUUUUGGAUUUUUUAGAUUUUUUGUAUGCUUCUGAAUUCUUUGUUUUAUUUUUGGAAGUUCUUGCAAAAACAGAAUCUGUAGACAAUGAGAAUAGAAUGACGUUGUGAUGAAAUAUGCAUAAUUUCAAAAUUAAAAAAAAACUUGAAUUACUUCAAUUUAGACAAAUUCGCCGCCAAAGUGCGACGCCGUGACACGAUGGCGUUGAAGCUGGACGUGCCGGCUCCAGUCGAUGACAUUCCUGAUCAGACAUCGGCGGAGCGAAAGAAGUUGAUGCAUCGAGCUUCGAUCAAACUGGAAAGGUGGGUGGGGAUGUCUUAUCUGAUGAUUAUUUGGGGAAUGAAUUACAAGUCUUGGGAACAUUUUAAUAUUAAUGUCGUGUUUUGGGAAAGUAUUUGGGGAAGUGCAUUGCCUCUAUAAGGUUCAGUAAUUUUGUUUUUCCUCAAAAACUUUGUAUUUUUGUGCAGAAUUGGGGGUUCUUUGGGUAUAACAAAUAGGUUUGGAUUUUGUAAAAACUUGUUCCAUGUAUAUCUAGGGACUUUUUGACCGAAUACCAAAGUAUCAUAUUUUAUAUGAUAUGGAGGUUAUCAUUAUACAUGUUAUGCAUACGUAAACAAUGGCUUUUUAUGUGAUUGGCGACGUUUGUUGGUGUUAUAGUGACAGCACGGCCGAAGGAAUGCGAAAAAUGAGUGCAGCUGACAUAUUUUGUAUUUGAUGGGGAGGAAAAGCAAGUAUGCCGACACUCGUAAUGAAUUGGUCAGCCGGGAGGGGAAACAGAGUUCAAGGAAGUGUUUAUUGAAAUUGAAUCCUUGUACUGGUUUCAUAAGUUCCGGGGGCUUUAUCAUCAUAACACGGGAGUUAUAUGCCUAAAGCCGAAACGUUUCAUUUAGUUUAGUCUUGAGAAGCUGAGGUUUUGAACUGUUUAAGUUAUCUUUGUUAAGCUACUUUUGAAUUAAGGUUAAUUUAGGUACAAUUUUACAGUUUCUAGGUAUAUUGUAGGACUUCAUUAAAGGAUAUAAAAUACGAUAUUGCUCUAAAGUAAAACAUACGGUAUCGCUCUAUAGAUAGUUUUUGUACUGUUAAGACAAAUUAAUUUGUUUCUCUUUGCUUAUUUUCGGUCGCGGUUUGGUCUUGUCAAUUCCAUUUUGGUCUGAAAACGACGAAAUUUAUUGGGGCGAGGUUUGUGACUGUGGAUGCGCAAGGUCGUCUUUUUACUUGGGUUAACUUGACCAACACUCGUGCUGUUUAGUUUCUUCACCAAUUUUAUUGCAGGAAACUAUCCGAACGGCCGCUGGCUAAGGAAUUGGAGCAGCGGAACAUCCUCAAGGAUCAGCAGGCCGAGACCAUCUCUCGUCGGUCUAUGGAAGAAACCCGAAAGAUGUUACUCCGUAAGGUGAGCACUCUUGUUUGUGUAGACUACAUGUCUGAGUGUGAUCAUCACCUGUGGAUUGUUUGUUUUGAGCUAUUGUAAUAUUAUCUUAGUUAAGAAAAUUGUCUUCGUAAUUUCAAAAAAGUAUACUUAUUUUACUGAGCAAUGUAAAAUGCAUAUUGUACCGAGUUCUUUGGCUAAAUAAUGCCCUGAGUUGACGUAUGUUAGCGUUAAUACUUAAUUUGUUAUUGAGGAUAUGUCCAAAAUAUUUGUUUAAUGUGCACUUUGCUCUCAGAUUAGAAUCAAUAGAAUUACGUAGCAAUACAUUCGAAAUAGAUAGGGUGUAAACAGCGUUUAAUUAAAACCUUUUCAGCUAAGUUUUCGCCCAACUGUUCAAGAAUUGAAAGACAAACAGAUCAUCAAGUUCAACGAUUACGUCGAGGUCACCGAAGCCGAGAUGUACGACAGGAAGGGCGACAAACCGUGGACGAGGCUGACGCCGUCUGAGAAGGCUCUGAUAAGGAAGGAGCUGAAUGACUUCAAGGCCACGGAGAUGCCCGUCCACGAGGAGAGCAAGAUGUUCACCAGGUAAUGUUUUUUUUAUUUUUUAAAAUUCUUUUUCUUCUUUUCAUUUUGUUCAAUGAUUAAAAGCAUUGAAAUACGAAUCUGUUUAUCGACUUGUAUUCCAUGCACUUAUUGACCAAACUAUGAAGCUACAACCCGUAAACAAGCAGUUAUUACGUUAUCAGUUUCUCAACUUAACAGUAAAACGACGUCACAGUAGUUUGUUAAACUCGGUUAAGUAAUAACCCUACUUUCAGAUACCACCGACCGUAA